UUCGGGGAUCACGGCCAGGCAAAAAUGUCCAACUGACAGAAAAUGAGAUUCGCGGUCUAUGCCUGAAGUCCCGAGAAAUUUUCCUCAGCCAGCCGAUUCUGCUAGAGUUGGAGGCGCCCUUGAAAAUUUGCGGUGAUAUUCAUGGGCAGUACUAUGACCUGCUAAGGCUGUUUGAGUAUGGAGGUUUUCCACCAGAGAGCAACUAUUUAUUUCUUGGGGACUACGUUGACAGAGGGAAACAGUCGCUGGAAACGAUCUGUCUUCUGCUAGCGUACAAAAUCAAAUACCCAGAGAACUUCUUCCUGUUGAGAGGGAACCACGAGUGCGCCAGUAUAAACAGAAUAUAUGGGUUUUACGAUGAAUGCAAGAGACGCUACAACAUCAAGCUCUGGAAGACGUUCACCGACUGUUUCAACUGCUUACCUGUGGCAGCUAUCAUUGAUGAGAAAAUAUUCUGCUGUCACGGAGGCUUGAGUCCGGACCUGCAGUCGAUGGAGCAGAUUCGGCGGAUCAUGCGGCCGACGGACGUGCCGGACCAGGGCCUGCUCUGCGACCUGCUCUGGUCCGAUCCCGACAAGGAGGUGAUGGGCUGGGGAGAGAACGAUCGCGGCGUGUCUUUCACGUUCGGCGCCGAAGUUGUGGCGAAGUUCCUGCACAAGCACGACCUGGACUUGAUAUGCAGAGCGCAUCAGGUGGUGGAAGAUGGCUACGAGUUCUUCGCAAAGAGGCAGCUAGUUACGCUCUUCUCGGCACCAAACUACUGUGGGGAGUUUGACAACGCCGGUGCGAUGAUGACGGUGGACGACACGCUCAUGUGCUCGUUCCAGAUCUUGAAGCCGGCAGAUAAGAAGAAGUUCCCGUAUGGAGGCCUCAACGCAGGGCGACCGGUGACACCACCAAGAAACCAACAAGCUGGAAAAGAGAAAAAUAAAAAGAAAUAAACCACCCCGUGUGGCUACCUUCCUCGAGUAGGGGAUGAUAAUAAUAAAUAUAGUUGUAAAGAACCUACGAUAGCAGCUGACAUUGCUCACAGGGUACAGGGCAAGCACUGCUGGUGUCGUAGCGGGACGAUUGCUGAUCGUUACCGUCUCGGCGCUCGUGUCUGACGCACGUUCCGAACGCAGCCGGAACUUUUAUUCGGAUAGGUGUGAGUUUGAGCAACAGGAGGUUAGGCAGUCCAUAACAGGAUGCCGGGCUGCCCUGCUCGGCGAUGGUGGGGGUUUCACAACACUACGGUCGAAGCGGAAAUGCCAGGUUCGAUACUAUUUUCGAUGCGGUUUGAUGUCGUAGGCAGUAGCCGUAGCUUAUCUGUACAGCGCUUGCACUGUUGACGUAGAGUAAGUACCCUGUGCUGCUUGGAUGGCUAGCUUUGUACAUUUAUGUACCGCACCUGUAUGAUAUUCGUACAAAUUCUCGAGCGUUGUCGAUUUGUUCUGUGUUCGCUGUAUCUGAACUCUGACCGACGUGUGUAUAAAAAGGAUGUAGACACACGUCAUAUUAAGUAGGUAUACCGGCUUAUCGUUGAUGUCUGUAUGGAGGGAAGGCUACACGGCCAACUGUUUGUCUGUUUAAUCGUGGCGCAUGUCAGCUUUAGCGGGACGAAUGCAGUGGCCAGUUUCUCAUCCUGGUUGGGGUUGAAAUACUCCUCCGUGGUGCAAUUGCUGUGCCAGUUUUAUGUGACCUGGAGUUCUAAUGGCACGGGUCAAGCGUGGAAAAUCCUACAUGGAUUCAAUGUCAAGCUGCAUGAAAUCAUGGGACAGAAACUUGUGCAGUAGACAAGUAAAUAGCUGGACAAGCAUCCCUUCUAGCCCCGUAUAUCGCAUUGCAUCAUGAAAUUGCAUCGCAUCGCAUAAAAAAACCACCAACGUUUGUAAUGGGAUGGUUUCUCCAAUCUCCAUUCUCGUCAUUACUUGUUGGUGUAGUUUGUCUGUAAAUAUUUUAUUGCAUUUAAUUGUGUUAAGAAUCCCGUAUAUUUAGUUGUAGUCCAGAUCAAGGUAGUCCGUGUUAAACUUGCUUCAGAGAGGUGGUGUGUUUCACCGCAGUGAAAUAAAUCCCUUACAAAUUAAUUAAGAGAAACUGAAACCAUUGUUUGCGCGCUAUUUUGUAUCCAAUCGACUCCCAAUUAGAAGCUCGUGAAAAUUCAGUGAGUUCGUCCAGUCGUUACUGUGAGGUCGUGCGAAGGGUCUACCAUCCUGGUCCCACCCGCAUGUAUGAUGAAGGUUCGUGGUCUGACUAGGGUGAGCGCGGCGGUAACUCGGCGGUUGCUGCGGGCGUGGCGGGAUGGUGCUUGCUACUGCAGUGCUGGCACUACCGUGGUCACGCAAGGUGGGCUGCUACAUGUCGUAAUGUGUGGCUGUGUCACCUGCGGUGGUGGAUUGGUGUUAGGCAGAGCAGCGGCUACAUCGGCCAGCGUGCAUGCCAACCCUGCCUGCCGUCGUCCGUUAUCAUCGCCAUGACGAUAGUUGGCGCAGAAAUUCGUGUGAUUGCAUUACCGCACGAUUCUUACAUUUAAGAGAUAUGAGAUAACAUUGGCAGUGAAAUCACGAUGGACGGUGUUUAUGUUGUUCAAUGAGCAGUUGAAUGUUGUAUUAUUAUUAUUAUUAUUAUUAUUGCAAAUGAGUUAUGCUUCUGCUGUAUCCUAGCCCUGACGGCAAACUAUCCGUUGAGCUCUCAGCAGGCAAGACUCAAUCUUGCGGUGUCAAAGUUUCACCGCGCAACUUCACAGGGACUCUGGAAUGGAUAGACGGCUGUCACAGUAAGCUACUGGUAGCAGUGUGGAGUAGCUGUCGUGGUAUCCAUGUUCCUAACCGACUCUCUCACCACGAAUCCCCUCGUUCACAACAGUAGGUGUGUUAGUUUGCUGUAAAUGCAUUGUACAGUCGCUUUUACAGCUCGUCAGCUUUACAGGAAAUGGCAAGUUGAAGAGAGGUGAUGCCACAGGCCAGGCAUAUAUAAGAUCACAUUGGAUGUCUUGUUUGUAUACAGUAGUCCUUUAAUGUACGUAUACUUUACUUUCAGACAUUGUCUCUGUGUAGAUGUGCUGGUGGUGAUAUUAUUUUGGAAGGGGUCCAGUAGAAGCAUCAGCUGCCAGCAUGCUGGAGAGUAUGACGCAUUGAGGAUGACCAACCAUAUUAUAUCGCCAUCCGCGGAGUAGGCGAUCUGUUAUUGCAGUUCCACAUAAGCAGGAUUCGUGCGGUGUGGUGUGUAGGCGAGGAAACCCUGGGAUUACAGGAUGCACACGUUUGUAUUGUGAGCAGCAGGAGCUCUUUCUCGCAGUGUUCGAUAAGUUGUGAAGCUUUCCAAAAAGUGAUGUAAGGAGGCGACACGUUGAAUGUCAAUUGUCGGGAGGCGACACGUUGAAUGUCAAUUGUCGGGAGGCGACACGUUGAAUGUCAAUUGUCGGGAGGCGACACGUUGAAUGUCAAUUGUCGCGUUUGAUCCGCAGUUGAAUUGCUCAUUGGGGAUUUUCCUGAAAUGUUGAAUGCUGAUUCGCUCACGAAUUUGAUCCCUAUCUACUGUGCCGUCACGAGACUGUCGAGUGAAGGAACGCUGGGUGUGUCUUGCGAUCGGUGGCCGCAGUAGGCAGAUCAGUCACGCAACUGUUGGUUAUACUUGUGUUGAGAAUGUGAAGUAAGCUGUGCUGUCGUGCGGCUGUUAGGCAGGAUCGGGUGCUGCCGUGCAACUAUUGGGAGUAUGAAGUUACUGUGCACUUGGCGGAUUGGUUGUAAAAUUAGCAAGCGUUUAAUACAAUCUCAUUGUCAACUCAGAUUACUGAACGAUCUGGGCUGGUAGAGUGGCAUCAGACUUCGACAGUCUAGACCCGAUCUGGUUGAUUGCUUGCUUUGGUCUCUUGAGAGCAAGGAAACGUUUUAGCGUGUUUCGUUGGCUGCAGAUUAUAUCAGAAUUUGAGAGAAAUGAGAGAGCGAGAGAGAGACUUGGUUGACAACCCACGUGUGGUCGAUCGCCCCCCGUCUGGUAAGUUUCGUAAGAUACUGCAACAGGUGUCAACGUCCAACGUAUCAUUUUACCAUGUAAAAAAUAUUCAAUAAAAAUCUGUCUUGGUUA